AUGGGCGUUGCGCGGCGGCUACAGUUGGUUCGCUACCUCCCGGGCGAUGUAAUCAUCCGCCAGGGUGAGGAAGAGGCCUCGGAGUUCUUCAUCGUCGACCACGGCGAAGGUUUCGGCGAACGAGCGCUGCUCCGCGACGAGCCACGUGCUGCGACGGUUCUCGCCGACGAAGAGGCAGCAGUCUUCCGGCUACACCGCGACGACUUCGUGGCCGUGAUUCGCGACCGAGACCACAAAGAAGAGCUCAUUCGGGGAGCCAAGCUCUUUGAGACCAUGACAGACGAGCAGGUGCAUCAGCUGAGCUCUUUGCUCAAGAUGAAGACCUUUAAGGCCGGCAGUGACAUCAUCAAGCAGGGCGACCCCGGUGCGGAGUUCUUCAUCCUGGAUUCGGGCGAGUGCGUGGCUGUCGUUACAUCUGGAAAGAGCAGCCAGGAGGUGAUGCGCUACAGCGCAGGGGACCUCUUCGGCGAAAAGGCGCUUUUGGAGUCCGCCCCACGCGGAGCAACGAUCUCCGCAGAGACGGACGUGGUGACAUAUACGCUGACGAGGGAAGACUUCGAGGCAAAGAUGGGGCCAAUGAGCCAACUCAAGGCAGAUGGCAAGGCCACGGUCAUCCUGAGGGCACAUUGUGACUGGGUGCAUGCUGACAAGGACUGGGCCCAGCUUCAAUCCAACCCGGACCGAGCAUUCCGGCGGCUUUUGGCGCUGUCAAGGACACCUGGGGAUGGGCCUCAGUGCGCGGGCCGGGUGGUGCUGAUGCCACGAUUGAAGGCUUGGUGCAUCUUGAAAAAGACAAAGGCUGCCUCGGGCAGCAAACACAAUGGACUACGUUUCUUCCUUGCCAAUGUCUCCAAGGACCAGGCCCUCGACAUACCUGAGCUCGCGGUUGAUUGGUUUGAUCGGCGAGAUCAGGAAACGCGGCCGACCUACGCCGAGAGGUGCUCCCAAUGCUACAGCCGGUGUCCUUUGGGCUUGCCAGAGGCCACAAGCAAUUGGGCAUCAGACGAGCGGCCACAACCGCUGACAAAGAUCGCCCCCAAACAGCUAAGCGCAGGUGGCGAAUCACUGGAGUUCCGCGUGACUGGAGCUGUGACGACGUUUGCCAAUUCAUUUUUGAUUGGGGCGUUGAUAGUGUCCACGUUGAUGGGCGUAUGCCGUGGAAACGGCAAACAGUCACUGAGCUCUCCUCGGGACCGCUUGAAUCCACUCGUCUGGGAUUUGGUCGAUCGGCUGCUCCCUCCCGUGCUCUUCCCCUUGAGCCCCGCGACAACUGACGUCGCCGACUCUCCUCAGCUGUCCGACUCCGAGGACAUGAGCGUGGAUGGAGGUGGAAGCGGACAACGGCCCGGGGGUCAAAGCAAAAUCUCCGGACCUGCCACCGAGGCGGGAACUGUUUGUUCCAUGCCGUCAGGGACGCGCUUGUUGCGCAAGGAAGGACGCAUAGUGAUCAUUGCUCUGGCUUCUGGAAAAGCGAUGCUCCUAGCUCUAGAGGUGAACGGGGUACCUCGUGAAGCGGACAACAUCACCGUUUUCAACGCCAAGGCAAGUGGGGCGCCGCUCGCUUUGUUCUUCCAGCAGCGGCACUACGAGGCCUUGGUUGGCAAGCUCACACCGUGGACGUGCUUCCUCCGCUGGUGGCCGUUCUCGCCUAGGUGGCUGCACCAACUGUUCCGGACGGCCUUCCUCGUCGUACUGGAACCAAAUCUGCGGCCUCCACUGCCAAGCGCGAACAUGCCUGACUCACCAAUUGACGUGGACCCGGAUGAUGAGAUUGGCCACUUUGCCGUCUUCAAGUUCGAGCUGGGCCAUUACGAGGUCGUCUCCAUGGAUCAGAAGACGAUUGCUUCCAGCUUGCACCUUUCGAGUUUUGACGAAAAGUCCGUGGCCAACCGCGCUCCCUCGGUGGGGUCACUCCUGGCUUUGACCCGGACGACUGUGAGCCCCCUCCAGCUCCUCCUGUCGGUGCUUUGCAGCGGUACUCCGAGUACAAGGUUGCGGAAAGGUGCAGGACUUCCUGGAAAGAGCCGCAUGAAGCUCGAGCUCUUUCGGGUGCUUGCCGAUGGCGUCUGGUCUCCACAGCAGCCUUCGGAGCUGCUCGUGACAAGAUCCGUGCCAAGAAGCAUCGCCAGAAUUCGCGAGCUGAACAAGGGCGUGGCUCGGAGGGUCAAGGACGAUGUUGUGUUUGAGAAGGCCUGGGAUUCGUUUCGGUGGCCGUACCUCGGCUUCAAGAAGCGGACAAAGCGCACUACCUUGUGCGUGAAGACCGCCUGGCGACGCAAGGCCUGUGGACAUUGCACCCGCUUUAAGAGGCACCGCCGGUCCCAUGAGAAACGCUGCGGCUCUAGCGCUGUCAACUUGGCUAGCCACCGCCGCAAGCUACUCGAGAUCAAGAAGGAAGCCGCGAAGUUGGAUCAUGGACUCGAUCGCCAGACCUUCGCGGAUGUGUUCAACAACGCGGUCGUGAAGCUUGAUGCUAUCGCGACCUUCAUGAAAAGUUUUGUUGCCGAUAUUUACUGCUUACAAGAAGUGGGUGUGAACAAGGCGAGCGGGGUUGAUGACGAGGUGUUUCGCACUUCAGUACUGUCUUCCUGUCCUGGCUACUUGGUACAGCUUGACGUGGCCAGCAGCCGGUACACGGCUGUUGUUUUCGAGUUUCAGUUUGAGGCGAGCAUCAAGGAGAUCGUCGUGGUCAGUGUGUACAGCUACUUUUCUGACAAGGAGGCGACUGCUGCUCUCAUUGAGGCAAUCAUUUCGAGUUUGCGUGCGAUUGCGAUGGAUUCGAUAAUUGUGGGAGACAUGAAUGUGACGGCGGACGAACCGCUGAUGGCAUCUCGAAUGUCGACUGGGAUGGCUCGCCUGUUAGGCGAGCCCUUCAAGAGUGAGGAGCUCCCUGGCACUGCUGGAGGCCGCCGACGCAUCGAUUACGGGAUUUGGUCGGACGGCAUUUUUCCUUCCGGUUUGGAUCAUCGACAAGGCAUUGCCGACCAUCUGUCGGUUCGCUACCUCUUUGGCUUCACUGUGGCGGCCCGCGACUUGGAACUCCUGGAGGGGCACUACGGCUGGCUGGAGCAGGUUCCCCAGUGUGGCAUGGAGGGCUUCGCGCAGCUGGUGCUCGACAAGACGGAGGAGGAAGCCAAGCAGGUUCGCGAGGCCGGGUUCGAGCGGUGGAGAUCUUCCCUCAAGGAUUCCACUGCUAAGCAAUCUGCUUGGAUCAAACGGCGUGCUUCGAUGCGCUCGGGACACCUUUGCCCUCGCGUCACUGAAGUCUCCAAGUUGAGUCACACUGCAGUCCACCCCGCUGAGAUCAUUCGUCAGGAGGUGGACUCUCUGCUCCGCCGUCUUCCCGAGAUCCCUUCUGUUGAGGUUGAGGUCUCUUUCUCUGCAGCCAAACUGCUGAAGGCGGUUGGCAAGAUGAAGGGCACGUCCGACAACUGGGAGGUGUGCCACUUCCAGGCUCUUCCUGCAGGGUUCUGGGAAGCUCUGGCCUCACUGUGGCAGGUGGUGCACUCUACUUCUUGUGUACCGCGGCGGUGGCGUGAGGCCCGAGCUUGUCUGGUUCCAAAGGCUGCUGGCGGGCACCGCCCCAUUUCCGUUCUUUGCAUAGCUUACAGGCUUGGUGCUUCUGUGCUUCCGCGUGAGCUUCGGAGGUGGACUGAACAGUGGCUUGGAGCUCGCAUCAUGGGAGGCUUCCAUGGGCGGUCCACUCGCGACGUGUUCCUGAGGAUCCUUCAUGCUGCUGAGGAUCGACUGGCCAUGUUUGUCGGCGAAGACGUGAGCAAAUUCUUUGACUCUCUGUCGGGCCCCCACGUUCUUCGCGUUCUCGAGCACUUGAAGGCCCCCACUGCCCUUGUUGGCUUCGUCGGAUCCAUCAUGAAGGAGCAGCGGCGUGUGUUUUCGUCUGGUGGGCGCCUCGGCGCCGAGUGGACCUCGCCACGAAAGGUUCAGCGCAAGGUGACCCGCUCUCGCCUCUUCUCGCCG